GCUGGAAUAAAAAAGGGAAUGAGAUGUUCACGGCCAAAGGAAAAAGUGCAGAUGGGAGGGAAGGGGUGCUGAGCCCAUCACCGAGGACUGGUCUGAUCUGCAGCCUCUUGUUUAUAAAAUACGUUAUAAGAUAUAUAACUGCUCAGAGGUUGUCUCUGGAAGGACCUCUGUCUCCAUCAGGAGCAUAGAAAUCACCAAAGCAAAGGAUUUCACUUAUUUGCCCCCAAGUUCAAAGUGACCCUUUACAAAGAGGAAAAAAAGACCAAACCAAAACCGGGAGCGAAAGCGAGUUUACAACACACUGUUGAGAAACUUCCCCGUCACACCCCGUUUCAGAGCUCCAUCCCCGCCCCAGCACAGAUAAGUGCCGAGCCAUCCCCAGCCACCGCAGGUGGGUGAGCAUCAUCCCUGGUUGAGCGGCGCCGGAUCCUCAUCACCCACCCAAAUCCUCCCUGGACAGAGAGUGACUCGAAAAGGCCGCUGCCCCAGUGCUGGACGAGGGAAUUGCCUGCAGGACCAUUCCCAACCCAACCAGCACCACUCCGGGGUGUGGGACUUGCUCCCUGUCUACGCUCUGCACCGACCCGACCCACGCUGAGGACGAAGACCCAGCAGAGGCAGCAUGGUGUGGGCAGCCCCAGCAGCUCCGGCUCUCUGCCUCCGUUUCUCCACAUGCCUGGUGAGAGCAGCAGUGGCUGCCCUCAUCAUCGGAGCCGUCCUCUCUACCACCGAGCAACGUGCCGACCUCUCGGCCUCGGUCCUGCAAGGUUUCCAGUGUCUCCCAGCCAGCAACCUGCCCGCUGCCGACAUCCUCGCGUUUGCCCAGGGACUGCAAAAUGGAACAGUGGAGCUGAGCGCUGCCCAGCUCUCGUGCCUGGCCAGGCUGCUCGCUGCUAAGAACCUGACGGCCGAUUUCAACAGGUACCCACCGGACCUGCUGCUCUUCUUUGACUUGGCCGAUGUGAGUGGUGCAACCUGCGAAGCGUUUUACGCCCGGGCUUCCCGCGGGAACCUGGCGCUGCUGCCCAGGGGCUCAGCCCAGCGGCAGGCGCUGCUGCGCGGGGCACUGGGCUGCCUGGGCGUGAGGAGCAGCCGCCUGCGCCCCGAGCAACUGAGCAGCCUUGGAGCACUGGUGUGCGACAUGGAGCCAGAGACCAUCACUGCCUCGGACCCUGGCAUCCUGGAGAAUCUGAAGCUCUGCCCAGCACUGACAGGGGACCAGCGGGAUGCCCUCAAUGCCGUGCUCCUCAGGGGGGACACAGUGUAUGGGGAUCCUUCAAGCUGGGAUUUACAGACCCUGCAAAGUCUGGGGCCACUCGUGCUGGCGUUGAACCAGACCACGCUGAGCUUCGUGGCCGAGGCAGCGCGAGAGGCUUUCGGCAGGAGCAUUGCAGCCACGUACAGCAGCCAGGGACGUUCCCAGAGGGAGAAAACCCUGACUCUCCUCAGGGCCUUGGCAGAAAUGUCAGCUCCAUCUCACCCCAGACUAAAGCGGAGCGCAGACCGCUGCCUGUCUGGGCCCAUCACUGCCAGCACCAUCUCCGACUCCCUCUUACUCAUCAUCUACGACACCAUCAAGCAGUUCAACCUGUGCCUGAGCAAUGAGGUUUUAGAAGCAAACCUUAAGCCUCUACUGGAACAGCCGCUCUCUGUGGAGUACCUCUGUGUUGUGAAGAAAAAGCUGGAGCAGAUUUACCCGUCAGGCAUCCCAGAGGAGCAGCUGAGGCUGCUGGGACCUCUGUCCCGACUGUACACGGUGGAGGAGAUCAGCCUGUGGCCGGUGACAUCCAGUGACACACUCUCAGCACUGCUCGACCCUUCGGAUGGCAAGUGGGAGGCUUCCCAGGUCCAGCAGCUGGUGAGCAGGUACCUGGCCCUGGGGGGCACCUUGUCCGGGCCCCUGCUUCGGAGAAUCGGUGGAAAACAACUGUGUAACCUGCGGGAGGAGCAGAUCGGGCAAAUCCCUCCCAAAGCCAUUGGGACUGCUGGACAACUAGAUAUUUCUUCUUGCUCUCAAACCAAGAAGGACCAACUCUACGGAAAAGCCAAGAAGGCCUUUGCUGGCCAGCCUGGCACCGCCAGGGCGUAUUAUUGCCGGAUUCGGCCCUACCUGGGUGGAGCUCCAGCAAAGGACCUGAAAGACUUGACCAAAGCUGGCACUGUCAUAGAUAUGGACAUUGACACCUUUCUUGCCCUGAAUCCUGAUGAAGUGCAGGAACUCAGCGUCACGGAUGUGAAAAAUCUGCUUGGGGAAAACCUCCCUUACCUGAAGGAAGCUGAAAAUGAGACCUUGGUGAUACGCUGGGUGAAGAGACAGUCCCAGCGGGAACUGGACUGUGUCCUGGGCAUCGGCCUGCAAGGGGGGAUGGAGGAGCCCAGCUCUGCAGGGACAGCCACCCCUCCUCACCCCACCACCUCAGCCAGCGUCGCCCCCACUGCCACUGUCCCCGUGCCCACCACCCUCCCCACUGUCUCCAUCCCUGUUACCAUUAGCAGCCACCCUACCAGUAAUUUAAGUUCUGGACCCCACAAGGCCCCCACCCCAACAUCCCCUAAGACCACUCAGUCCAGCACUCCCCCACGUGCCUCCAGCCCUGCCGCCAGUGCUGCCGUGAGUCCCACUGCCACCUCCACCGUCCGACCUGCUCUGACCACCAGCUCCACCAUCCCCUGCUCCACACACCCAUCUGCCACCUCGAAUAAGUCCUCUCUCCCCACCACUCCCCUCCUCCUCACUGCCAUCCUUGCCACCAUCAGCCCUAAUGUCACCUCUCCCAGCUCCGUCCCUCUCCCUUCUGUCACACGUGGUGCCACCAGCACCAGCAGUGUUGUUACCAACUCAGCUGUUACCACCCAUAACACCAGUCUCCCACUGGUGUCCACGAAUCCCCCAGCACCAGGGGGUACCACCCACCCCACUCCUGCCACCUCCAAUACCUCCGUGUUGAGCACCGACAACGCUCCCAGCACCCUUCUCCCCAACUCCACCUCUGCACCUGUUGCUACCACAGCCACCGAAAUGAACCUCCCUCCCCACAAGGCCACUUCAAGUCCCAACUCCACUAUCACCACCCAAAAGAGUGGUGUCUCCUCAGUGGCCAAGACGACAACAUCACCUUGCAAGACUGGUGCCCCUCCAGCAUUUCUUGGCCCCUCUUCUACCACCACCAGCAGCAGUGACACCACUGAGAAAACACCUGCAGCCAUGACAGAGCCAUCAAGAUUGACACCUAAUGGAUACAUCAACGUGCAACCUGAAGCUGGAUCAGGAUCCAGACUCUCCUGCCUGGUGCACGUCCUGACAACAGUCGUGGGGACCUCACUGCUGCUGGGGUUCCUCUGACCCUGCUGCCUCCAGCACUGUGCUCCCUGCGUCCCUCCUUUAAUUUUCACCAUCCUGCAAAACAGCGGUGCUGGCAAAUUCCCUGCUGAAAAGCAGGAACCCAGGAAGGGAAUAGAGUUUGGACAUUUGAUACCAGCACAGAAUUUCCUUAUUAUUUAUGAGUCUGGGCAGUAAACAGAAGAGAUAUUUUUCCAGCCCAAAAGGCACCUACUAGCUACUUGCUCUAGAUAAUACACCUAACAGCAAUAUUGACUGGUCUGGCAAUGCCUUAAAGCUGAGAGCAGUUCCGGUUCUGCUAGCUUUGCUCCCAGAGUGGUGUUUCACUUUUAAGCAGUCGCACUGGUAUCUGUUGAAACAAUGGGACAACUCAGGGAUUUGAGUUACUGGUCAUUAAGACCAUGGCCCAGCAACAGAGUCUGAAAGCUCAGAGAUUCACUAAAUCACGUUCAACUUUUGUGAACUGACAAGAUUUUUGAUCAAGAUUUGUCCAAAUCAUGCUGAGCCUCCUUAGAGGGAUGAUUAACUGAAGUUUGUUUAUCUUGGUAACUGUUGCAAUGCUAUAUAAUAAAACAAUCUACUUUUUUUCCUAAUCAGAUGCAUUCUUCAAUGUGUUUAGU